ACGGCGACGAAGGUGAAGCGUUGCAGCAGCGCCGUGAAGAAGAGGAAGAGUUCCAUGCGGGCCAGCUGCUCACCCAAACACGCUCGCUUACCUGGGAGGACCGUACGAGCGGUUCGCCCGCUUUUAAACCAGCACUGGGCCUCGCACAGGAAACUGCAUUCCACUUUGAUGUAGUUCUCCAGAGACCGCUGGCCCUCUCCAAAGUAGCGCAGCGACGUUCCUUGUGUCAACCAAUAACUGACCUCAGGUGACUCACCAAUCCCCUUGAAGAUCCCAUCGAAGAGCGGGACGACGGGCCGGUCCACGAAGCUGUCCAGCUGGUUGACCAGCGCCUCUUUGACCAUGCGAUGGAUACUUUGAAAAAAAAUUAAUAAAUUCAAAAGCAGUCGCUUCGCGCCAGGAAGUGGAGCAUGUUUCCACACUUUCGGGCUGAGCUGAGAUGACCCUCUGGAGAUGCUUCAUCACGCUUCUCCUCAGCGGAAGUGUCGCGCUCUUCGGCGGCACUCAGGUGUUUGACGCCAGCCGGGGGAACCUGAGCGCGGAACCGCCCUCGCCCUUUUUGCUGGGCUCAGACCUCGUGGUGUACUGCCACAUCGCGGCCUGUGAACGGAGGUCCCAAGUAUCAUUGGUGUGGGACAAAGAGCCCGUGGCCCUUUGGAGGAGGGACCAGUGCAGCCCGGUCGUGUUCAAGCUGACCGACGUCCAGCGGCCCAGAUCCACACUGCACUGCAAGCUGCGCGAGGCCGGACUCACUUACGUCGUCGGAGGGCUGGACCUCCGCGGUGGCCGUCCCCCGGAUAAGCCGAAGAACAUCACCUGCGCGACCACCUCCCGAUCCCACUGGGCGGAGUGCCGGUGGCGGCGCGGGUUCGACACCCACGUGCCCACUUCCUACAACGUGUCACUCACCAGUGGGGACAGGACUUGGUACUGGACCUCGGAGGGGGAGGAGCUGGUCUUACCUGGAGCCGUGCUGGAUGUGAACGAGCAGUACCAGCUGGUGGUCAGCGCUCGCAACCAAUUUGGACGCUCGCAGUCGGAUCCGUUUACCCUGGUGCACAAAGACAUACUCGUACCCGAAAGCCCCCGCAUCACUCAUGUCUACUUCGAGAACUCUUCCACGCCGGCGGCCGUGUUGCGGUGGGAGACCCCCGAAGAUUCGUCAAACCUCACCGCCGCCGUCGGACUCCGGCCAGACGGCUCCUCCUCCUGGGAUGCAAGAGAGGUGACACGGCUCGGCCGGGAUGAAGUACGGGUGGACGGCCUGGAGCCCCUGGUGGACUACCACUUCCGGAUCAAGAUGUGUGUGACGGGGGCCGGAAAAUGCAGCAAAUGGAGUCCGGCGGUGAUGAGGAGAACUCCAGGAAAAGGGCCGUCUCAGCCGCCGCGUGUGUGGCGGAUGUUGAGCAAUCGCGAGACCAGCUUACUGCAGAAUGUCACAGUUUUGUGGAAGGCCCCUCAUCCAGAGUCUUACAGCGGCCAGGUGGAGGGCUACAUUGUGGUCUUGGGCCAGGGAGCGACAGCGCGGGAAGAGAUGUACGGCCCGUCCCUGAAGCGGGUUUCCCUUCUGGUGCCGGCCGAUCUCCCGCCGCUUGCCGUCACCGUGGUGACUUCGUAUGGGAGGUCGCCGCCAGCCGUCGUGCCACUCGGGCUCUCAGGUGACCCCGGGCCUGCUCUCCGGCUGACGGUUCCUGAAGCUAACGGCAGAGCUUUGCUGGUUUCCUGGGAGUGGAGCAGACCUCAAGCGCCAGGAAGUGACGAGUGGUACUACGUACUGGAUUGGAUCAGUGUGCCUGUGGGGAAAAGCCAGCUGGGGUGGAUGAAAGUUCCCAUAGAUCAAAACGAGGCAAGAAUCACAGGCAUGUCGGUGGGAGUGAGGUACAACAUCUCUGUGUACUGCGUGAACGGGAGAGGAGUCAGCACGCCGUCCUCCAUCUUGGCCUACUCUGGACAGCUCAAACCGGCCGCCGGUCCCAACGUGUCGGUGCUGGCACACAGGGCCACGCGCCUCCUGGUCCAGUGGGAGGACCCCGCGGUGGAGCAGCAGGGGGGCUUCAUCACCAACUACACCAUCUAUCUUUGGACCCUCCACGUGCACAGCCAAGAAAUCGCAGUGGUGGUCCCCGCGAGGGGUCGCCGCCAGGCGUGGCUGGAGUGUCCCGAGGGCACCGUCGCCAUCCAGAUGUCCGCCUCCACCUCCGCCGGGGAAGGACGGCGCGGGAACCUGAUCUCCUCUCGGCCCAAGCAGCCUGCAGCCGGACCGGCCGUGCUGGUGCUCUCCGUAAUCGGCGUGGCGGGCUUUACGGUGCUGGUGGCUUGCUGCACGCCUAUAAGGAGACGGAUCAAAGAGCAGUGCGUAUCGUGGGGUCCUGAUUGGUUGGUGAAGAAGCUCCCGAAACCAGGAAAUAGCCAAGCCAUCAAAUUGUUGGAGAUGGACGCCUGGAGCGAGCCGUCCUUGUCGCACACGGACACCGACAGCGACCCACCGCUGUCCCCCAUCAGUUUUGCCUCCGAAGAAGACUCGCAACCCCCCCUCCUGUCCGUGCAGAAUCCCACCGACGCCGUCGUCACGGAGACACCGGACCACGGCUACAAACCUCAGCUGACCGCGGUCCCGCGAGCGGAAGAGCCGAACCAGGACCAGACGUACCCCACGGAGGAGGACUUGGCUUCCGGCAGGUUUGGACCGCCCUUGGGGAACUUGCUGUUCAGCGUGGAAUUGGAACCCUCCACGUGGCUCCAGAACCUGGAAUUAGACCUGAACAGAAGCGACUGGUGGGGCACCGAAGACCACGCCCACUUGGUGGAUUUACAAAAAGGUGAAACUCUUGUGGCGGUUUCGGCGGUGACGGGCUACGUCCCACAAAUCUGCAUUCCCAGCAGCGGGCAGGAAGCAGAAUAACCGACACAACCGGUGUUCCUUCUUCCCGUUUCGUAGACUCUACGAUGUGCGCAGAAGUGCAAACGGCGGCGGAUAUAUAAUAUUUGCGUGUUUGCCAAUUUGUCAGACCUGUCCGCGCAAAGACGUGCGUCCUUCGACGUUAGCCCGACGCAUUCGGGGUCUGAAAGUCGGUCCGAACGUCCCACGAACUGGCGAGCAAGCGGCUCGAGGACUCGGGAGGUCGGAAGCAAUCAUUUGAGGGAAUUCGAGAUCCACGAGGUCAGCGGACACGUUUAAGUCGCCGGCGUUUUUUAUUUUUUACCGGCUCGUUCUGGAUUUCAUAAGGGUACCCGCUGAGUCCUUUUAUGUCUUUAUGAGAUAUUUUGCGCUGCUUCAAAAGAAGCCGUAUCGACUGGACAGGAUUGAAUUAUGAUGUGGGAACGUCAAACUAGAGCCCGUUUUGUGAUUUUUCUCUAUUUUGAUUUUUUGAAGUUACCUUCACCAAGACUGAAGCAAGGUUUCCCUCAUAACAGUUAGUAAGCUCUUAAUUACAAUACAAUAUUUUGUACAAUAUCCAACUAAAUAGCGUUCCCUGGUAUAUCCUUCUGCAAAGUUUCUCUGAAUUCCUCUGCAAUAUUUUGUCCAGCAUUCAAUUAAAUUCCUGCGUUCGUAAAAAUAUAUAAAACUAAAUAAAAUAUCAAACAACAAAAUUUUGUAGCGCAUCCCAGAUAAAUUCCCAUGCAAACAAGGUCCCUGGAUUGAAGUCACUAUGAGACCGCCGGAGUGUGGGACGGGUUCUAUUUUUUUAGAUUUGGUGCUACUUUUUACAAUAGCUAUUAAAAUGAUUGAUGAAUGAAAUAUGCUUUCUCAUUUUAAAACUUUAAAGUCAGCGGCGGAAAGCGAACGCUCACAUCGCAUCAGUUUUCUUCUACGGUUAAUUACUGUGCAUUAUUUUGUACUUUUUGUACAAUGUCCGGGCGGCGCAGUGGGCUCAGCUGGUAAAGCGUUGGACUCACAGUUCGAUCCCGGCCCCGCCUGUGUGGAGUUUGCACGUUCUCCCCCGUGCCUGUGUGGGUUUUCUCCGGGUGGGCACUC